GCAGAGAGGAACUUUUGGUUUAUCUAUGGUUACAUGCUCUUCUUCUAAUGGAAGAGAGCCUGAUUCUGUGGAUGGUGUGAAGAGCGUGGAGCGGUUGCUUGAAGAGAAAAGGCGAGCUGAGCUGUCUGCUCGGAUUGUCUCAGGAGAAUUCACUGUCGAGAAAACUGGUUAUCCAUCUCAAUUGAAGAACGGUUUGUCGAAGUUGGGUGUUCCUCGGGAGAUUGUAGAUUUUUUAUUUAGUUGGGCUGAUGCACAUGAUGGCUCUCCCAAAAUUCCAGAGGCAAAAGGAGCAAUUAGAGCCAUUCAAAGUGAGGCCUUUUUCAUCCCACUAUAUGAGCUUUACCUCACUUAUGGUGGAAUUUACAGGCUGACCUUUGGACCAAAGUCCUUUUUGAUCGUUUCUGAUCCUUCCAUUGCCAAACAUAUAUUAAGGGAUAAUUCAAAGGCUUAUUCAAAGGGAAUCUUGGCUGAAAUUCUAGAGUUUGUCAUGGGGAAAGGACUCAUCCCAGCAGACGGUGAAAUAUGGCGUGUUCGACGACGUGCUAUAGUCCCCGCGUUGCAUCAGAAGUAUGUAGCAGCUAUGAUUAAUCUCUUUGGAGAAGCUACAGAGAGGCUUUGCCAAAAGCUAGAUGCUGCUGCAUCUGAUGGGGAAGAUGUAGAGAUGGAGUCACUUUUCUCCCGUUUGACACUGGACAUCAUUGGCAAGGCACUUUUUAAUUAUGAUUUUGAUUCAUUAACAAAUGACACUGGGAUAAUUGAGGCUGUGUACACUGUCCUGAGAGAAGCAGAAGAUCGUAGUGUUGCACCAAUACCAGUAUGGGAGAUCCCAAUAUGGAAAGACAUUUCACCACGACAAAGAAAGGUCGCAACAGCCCUCAAACUAAUCAAUACUACGCUGGAUGAUUUGAUAGCAAUUUGCAAGAGGAUGGUAGACGAAGAAGAGCUACAAUUUCAUGAGGAGUAUAUGAAUGAACAAGAUCCUAGUGUUCUCCAUUUCCUUUUGGCGUCUGGGGAUGAUGUUUCUAGCAAGCAACUCCGUGAUGACUUGAUGACGAUGCUUAUAGCUGGGCAUGAAACAUCAGCUGCAGUUUUAACAUGGACCUUUUAUCUUCUUUCCACGGAGCCUAGCGUCAUGUCGAAGCUCCAAGAGGAGGCUGAUUCCGUUCUAGGAGAUAGAUGUCCAACAAUUGAAGAUGUGAAGAAACUCAAGUAUGCAACUCGUGUUAUUAAUGAGUCCUUGAGGCUUUACCCACAACCACCUGUGUUAAUUCGUCGUUCUCUUGAGGAUGACAGGCUUGGAGACUACUCUAUUACAAGGAAUGAGGAUAUAUUUAUUUGUAUUUGGAAUCUGCAUCGCAGUCCAAAACAAUGGGAUGAUGCAGAUAAGUUUAAGCCUGAAAGAUUGCCGUUAGAUGGACCCAAUCCAAAUGAGACGAACCAAAAUUUUCGGUAUUUCAUCUCUCUGCUUAUUCUCUGUAUUAGAUACAUAUCACAAGAUAUUGAAGUUACAACUGAUCUGUUUGGUUAUUUAAGUUCUGAAUGUCAACAUCCUUGGUGGAUGAGCAUUGUACAAUUUUGGUGUGUGGAUAAAAUGGGGCUGCAGAAGUUCAAUUAAUGUGUGGUAUCAUUG